AUGAUUAUUGGCAAGAACUAUGAUACUUCUCAUGCGCUUGCAACAAAAAUUCAGGGUCGGGAGGUUAUCAAAUUUUACCUCUGUCUUGUUGAAGGCUACUUUCCUAAUGGUGAUGAUGACAAUGGAUCUAAUAUUAUUCCUGUUUUUUGUGAUCAACCUAUUGGCACCAUUGAUGCUAAAUUAGGACUGCAAGCCGUCUUAUCCGAGGGACAAGGCGGAAAAAUAGCUCGUACAGCAUUUAUUCGAAUUGCUUGGAAGCCAACGGAUGCUAGAAAACAUCAUAUGGAAGCAGAAAAAAAAUCCAAAGCCUCUUUGAAUGGAACGAGUAUUUUACUUUGUCGUAUUUACACCGGAAGGACCCACCAGAUUCGCGUCCAUCUUCAAUACCUUGGUAAAUCUUUUGUUUACAUUUUUCUCAUGGAUGCUAAAAAUGGUUCAUAA